AUGUUUUCUUCCUUCACUAGUCAAUCUGAACCUUGUAUUACACCUGUCUGUCCAUUCACAAGCAGCUGGUCGUCACAGUAACAGAUUAAGAUGGUACUUAGCUUUUUUACCAGCUAAUACACAGUACAUACACCAAAAAGGACACCGUCAAAGCAGCACAACAUCAAUAAAUGUUAAAAACAAAGUCUAAUUUCAGAUUGUCAUGUCUGUAUUGGUUGAUUGAUUGAUUGAUUGACAGGUCUCUGGUAGGGAAGCUGAGGAUAGGCUUGGCUGAGCAGAGUGUACUGGCUGCCCUGAGUCAGGCUGUGUGUCUGACUCCUCCAGGACAAGGUGAGCCAGCUAACCUUUUUACAAUGUUCACACAACAUGACCCCCACAACAUCAUCACAAUGUUUACACAACAUUACCUCCAACUUUAUGACCUUUUCACAAUGUUACUUCAAAAUUAUAACGAUUUCACAAUAUCACAAUGUUUUCGCCACAUUUUCACAAUACUACCACAACAUUACCACUCAACAUUGCCCCAACAUUAUUACAAUAUAACCCCUACAUAUGAUAAAUGUCUUCCUUUAUUGUGACUGAGACAUUGGUUCAUGUGUAAUUCUAGACUUCCCUCCAGCGGUGAUCGAUGCAGGGAAAGGAAUGAGUGCAGAAAAACAGAAAGCCUGGAUAGAGGAGAAGAGCCUUAUCCUUAAACAGACCUACUGGUACUGUACACAUCUAAACCCACUGUAUAUACUCACUCACAGUACAUUCCCUAAAUACCACCAGAACUACACCCUGACUCUGGCUGCGUCCCAAAUGAACACCCUUUUACCUAGAUCAGUGGUUGUCAACCUUUUUUGGGUACUGUACAAACCAUGUGAAUUUAGCUCUGCCUGGAGUACUAGUACCCCUGGUUGAGAACCACUGCACAAUAGUGCACUACUUUUGACCAGGGCCCCAUAGUGUACCAUUUGGGACACACUGAUUCACUCUAUUGACUGACUCUUACUGGUGAUGUUUUCUUAUUUGUCCACUCCAGUGAGAUGCCCAACUAUGAUGUCAUCAUCCCAGUACUGAUGAAGGAGGGCAUAGAUGAACUGCCCAAACACUGCAAACUCACCCCAGGUACAGUACUGAAUGUCAGGGUUGUGUGUGGUGUGUGUGUGCUGAUUUCUGACACCCUCCUCUCCCCCUCCUCAGGUGUGCCAUUGAGGCCCAUGCUGGCUCACCCCACCAAAGGUGUAGGAGAGGUGAUGAAGAGGUUCGAUGAAGCCGCCUUCACCUGCGAGUACAAGUAUGAUGGAGAAAGAGCACAGGUGUGUGUGUCUUCUCACAUGCUCACUUACUGUGUGUGUGUGUAUACAGUGAGGGGAAAAAAGUAUUUGAUCCCCUGCUGAUUUUGUUCGUUUGCCCACUGACAAAGACAUGAUAAGUCUAUAAUUUUAAUGGUAGAUUUAUUUGAACAGUGAGAGACAGAAUAACAACAAAAAAAUCCAGAAAAACGCAUGUAAAAAAAUAGGGAAAUAAGUAUUUGACCCCUCUGCAAAACAUGACUUAGUACUUGUUCAGACGUUUCUUGUAGUUGGCCACCAGGUUUGCACACAUCUCAGGAGGGAUUUUGUCCCACUCCUCUUUGCAGAUCUUCUCCAAGUCAUUAAGGUUUCGAGGCUGAUGUUUGGCAACUCGAACCUUCAGCUCCCUCUACAGAUUUUCCUUGGAUUAAGGUCUGGAGACUGGCUAGGCCACUCCAGGACCUUAAUGUGCUUCUUCUUGAGCCACUCCUUUGUUGCCUUGGCCGUGUGUUUUGGGUCAUUGUCAUGCUGGAAUACCCAUCCAUGACCCAUUUUCAAUGCCCUGGCUGAGGGAAGUAGGUUCUCACCCAAGAUUUGACGGUACAUGGCCCCGUCCAUCGUCCCUUUGAUGCGGUGAAGUUGUCCUGUCCCCUUAGCAGAAAAACACCCCCAAAGCAUAAUGUUUCCACCUCCAUGUUUGAUGGUGGGGAUGGUGUUCUUGGGGUCAUAGGCAGCAUUCCUCCUCCUCCAAACACGGCGAGUUGAGUUGAUGCCAAAGAGCUCGAUUUUGGUCUCAUCUGACCACAACACUUUCACCCAGUUCUCCUCUGAAUCAUUCAGAUGUUCAUUGGCAAACUUCAGACGGGCCUGUAUAUGUGCUUUCUUGAGCAGGGGGACCUUGCGGGCGCUGCAGGAUUUCAGUCCUUCACGGCGUAAUGUGUUACUAAUUGUUUUCUUGGUGACUAUGGUCCCAGCUGCCUUGAGAUCAUUGACAAGAUCCUCCUGUGUAGUUCUGGGCUGAUUCCUCACCGUUCUCAUGAUCAUUGCAACUCUACAAGGUGAGAUCUUGCAUGGAGCCCCAGGCCAAGGGAGAUUGACAGUUAUUUUGUGUUCCUUCCAUUUGCGAAUAAUCGCACCAACUGUUGUCACCUUCUCACCAAGCUGCUUGGCGAUGGUCUUGUAGCCCAUUCCAGCCUUGUGUAGGUCUACAAUCUUGUCCCUGACAUCCUUGGAGAGCUCUUUGGUCUUGGCCAUGGUGAAGAGUUUGGAAUCUGAUUGAUUGAUUGCUUCUGUGGACAGGUGUCUUUUAUACAGGUAACAAACUGAGAUUAGAUGCACUCCCUUUAAGAGUGUGCUCCUAAUCUCAGCUCGUUACCUGUAUAAAAGACACCUGGGAGCCAGAAAUCUUUCUGAUUGAGAGGGGGUCAUACUUAUUUCCCUCAUUAAAAUGCAAAUCAAUUUAUAACAUUUGACAUGUGUUUUUCUGGAUUUUAUUGUUGUUAUUCUGUCUCUCACUGUUCAAAUAAACCUACCAUAAAAAUUAUACACUGAUCAUUUCUUUGUCAGUGGGCAAACGUACAAAAUCAGCAGGGGAUCAAAUACUUUGUGUGUGUGUGUGUGUAUAUAUAUAUAUAUAUAUAUAUAUAUACACACACACGUACAGUUGAAGUCGGAAGUUUACAUACACUUAGUUGGAGUCAUUAAAACUCGUUUUUCAACCACUCCACAAAUUUCUUGUUAACAAACUAUAGUUUUGGCAAGUCAGUUAGGACAUCCACUUUGUGCAUGACACAAGUAAUUUUUUCCAACAAUUGUUUACAGACAGAUUAUUUCACUUAUAAUUCACUGUAUCACAAUUCCAGCGGGUCAGAAGUUUACAUACACUAUGUUGACUGUGCCUUUAAACAGCUUGGAAAAUUCCAGAAAAUGAUGUCAUGGCUUUAGAAGCUUCUGAUAGGCUAAUUGACAUAAUUUGAGUCAAUUCGAGGUGUACCUGUGGAUUUAUUUCAAGGCCUAUCUUCAAACUCAGUGCCUCUUUGCUUGACAUCAUGGGAAAAUCAAAGGAAAUCAGUCAAGACCUCAGAAAAAUGUUUUGUAGACCUCCACAAGUCUGGUUCAUCCUUGGGAGCAAUUUCCAAACGCCUGAAGGUACCACGUCCAUCUGUACAAACAAUAGUAUGCAAGUAUAAACACCAUGGGACCACGCAGCCGUCAUACCGCUCAGGAAGGAGACGUGUUCUGUCUCCUAGAGAUGAACGUACUUUGGUGCGAAAAGUGCAAAUCAAUCCCAGAACAACAGCAAAGGACCUUGUGAAUCGGAAGUUUACAUACACCUUAGCCAAAUACAUUUAAACUCAGUUUUUCACAAUUCCUGACAUUUUAAUCCUAGUAAAAAUUCCCUGUCUUAGGUCAGUUAGGAUCACCACUUUUUUUAAAGAAUGUGACAUUUCAGAAUAAUAGUAGAGAGAAUGGUUUAUUUUAGCUUUUGUUUCUUUCAUCACAUUCCCAGUGGGUCAAAAGUUUACAUACGCUCAAUUAGUAUUUGGUAGCAUUGCCUUUAAAUUGUUUAACUUGGGUCAAACGUUUCGGUUAGCCUUCCACAAGCUUCCCACAAUAAGUUGGGUGAGCUGGUGUAACUGAGUCAGGUUUGUAGGCCUCCUUGCUCGCACACACUUUUUCAGUUCUGCCCACACAUUUUGUGUAGGAUUGAGGUCAGGGCUUUGUGAUGGCCACCCCAUUACCUUGACUUUGUUGUCCUUACACCAUUUUGCCACAACUUUGGAAAUAUGCUUGGGGUCAUUGUCCAUUUGGAAGACCCAUUUGCGACCAAGCUUUAACUUCCUGACUGAUGUCUUGAGAUGUUGCUUCAAUAUAUCCACAUAAUUUUCCUUCCUCAUAAUGCCAUCUAUUUUGUGAAGUACACCAGUCCCUCCUGCAACAAGCACCCCCACAGCAUGAUGCUGCCACCACCGUGCUUCACGGUUGGGAUGGUGUUCUUCGGCUUGCAAUUACUCCCUUUUUCCUCCAAACAUAAAGAUGGUCAUUAUGGCCAAACAGUUCUAUUUUUGUUUCAUCAGACCAGAGGACAUUUCUCCAAAAAGUACAAUCUUUGUCCCCAUGUGCAGUUGCAAACCGUAGUCUGGCUUUUUUAUGGCUGUUUUGGAGCAGUGGCUUCUUCCCUGCUGAGUGGCCUUUCAGGUUAUGUCAAUAUUGGACUCGUUUUACUGUGGAUAUAGAUACUUUUGUACAUUUUUCCUCCAGCAUCUUCACAAGGUCCUUUGCUGUUUUUCUGGGAUUGAUUUGCACUUUUCGCACCAGCGUACGUUCAUCUCUAGGAGACAGAACGCGUCUCCUUCCUGAGCGUUAUGAUGGCUGCGUGGUCCCAUGGUGUUUAUACUUGCGUACUAUUGUUUGUACAGAUGAACGUGGUACCUUCAGGCGUUUGGAAAUUGCUCCCAAGGAUGAACCAGACUUGUGGAGGUCUACAAUUUUUUUUAUUUGGAUUUUCCCAUGAUGUCAAGCAAAUAGGCACUGAGUCUGAAGGUAGGCCUUGAAAUCAUCCACAGUUACACAUCCAAUUGACUCAAAUGAUGUCAAUUAGCCUAUCAGAAGCUUCUAAAGCCAUGACAUCAUUUUCUCAAAAUUUCCAAGCUGUUUAAAGGCACAGUCAACUUAGUGUAUGUAAACUUCUGACCCACUGGAAUUGUGAUACAGUGAAUUAUAAGUGAAAUAAUCUGUCUGUAAACAAUUGUUGGAAAAAUUACUUGUGUCAUGCACAAAGUAGAUGUCCUAACCGACUUGCCAAAACUAUAGUUUGUUAACAAGAAAUUUGUGGAGUGGUUGAAAAACGAGUUUUAAUGACUCCAACCUAAGUGUAUGUAAACUUCCGACUUCCAACUGUAUAUACACUGUAUGUGUGUGUGUAUAUUUAUAUGUAUGUGUGUGUAUGUUUGUCAACUGUUUCCCCUAUUAGAAAACAGACAUGAUGCUGUUGUCUCAGGCUGUUGGCUGUGUGAGCCCCUCCCAGUAGAGGCAUUGGAGAGAGCAGUGUGAUGUCUCUUCUCAUUCUCUAUUUAUCCUUCCUCAAUUUCUCGUAACCUCUCUGCUCACCUUCUCAAAGCACAUUGGAGCAGAAGAUCUGUCUUCCUCCCCUAGAACCUUCUUCUCCAAUGCGUUUUGAGGAGGAGGCCGAGAAGAGAGAGGCCAGGAGUCAGGAAAAUACAAUAGAAAUUCACUUGAGAUUCACUCAGGGAGCAGUGCGACACCUCUUAUUCUCUGUGCCUUUAAACUGUGGUGUGAGUCCUGAAACGGCCACCAGAUGGAACUCUAAGAUGCUGGCAUCUGGAGCUUCUGUCUACUCAAAUAGUUGGGCUCUAUCUCAAUUGGUCUUUCUGUGAUUCCUCAGAUCCUAUCUCCUCAAAUUCUUCUCAACCAUAUUGGAGGAGAAGAGCCAAGGCCCCUCCCCUCUGACCUUCUUCUCCAGUGGGUUUUUUGAAGGGGGCUAGAAGAGCGGAUGCGAGGAAUCGAGGAAGAAUCAAUUGAGGAAAAAGCCUUGGACACUGCCUGUCUCUCUACUCUCUAGAUACGAUAGGAAACUCACUCACUGUUAUUGGUUGAAUGCUAACUAUUGUUUAUUGUAUUUGGUAGAUCCAUAUUCUGGAGAACGGGGACGUGCAUAUUUUCAGUCGCAACCAGGAAGACAAUACAAGCAAAUAUCCCGAUAUCAUCUCUCACAUUUCCAUGGUAAUAGUAACCCUCUAAAAUACUAGCACACUCCAGAUGCAUCCCAAAUGGCACCCUAUUCCCUAUAUAGUGCACUACUUUUGACAAGGGCCAAUAGGGCUCUGGUCAAAAGUAGUGCACUACAUAGGGAAUAGGGUGCCAUUUGGGAUGCACCCUCAGGCAGCAUCUUAGCCCCUUCAUGGUCAUAAGCGCACUGCAUGAAUAAUACCAAUGCCUCUCUUUCUCGCGCCUCUAUUUCGCUCUCUCUUUCUCUCCCCUUCACCUCCCUCUCUGCCUUCCCCUCCCCCCUUUCUCUCUCACACCCCUCCUCCCUCUCUCCCUCCCUCCCUCCCUUCUCAGGUAAAGAAGGAGUCUGUGGUGUCCUGUGUGCUUGACUCUGAGGCUGUGGCUUGGGACAGAGAGAAGCAACAGAUCCAGCCAUUCCAGGUGCUCACCACACGGAAGAGAAAGGUGAGAGGAAAGAGAAAUAAGGGGGGAAACAUACUCAGUAUCCAUGGUUUUGGUUUCUGUAAUCAUUUUCAUAACAGCUGGAUGGGUGAUUACCCAGGCAGCUGUUUUCACAAGUUGUCCACAGUGGUAGUCCUCUGUAGCUCAGCUGGUAGAGCACGGCGCUUGUAACGCCAAGGUAGUGGGUUCGAUCCCCGGGACCACCCAUACACAAGGUAUGCCCAACUGGUAGUAGAUUACUUUCCUACCAUGCGCUAUGAUCAUCAGGUGGACUGCUUUGUUUGACCCCUCAUCCUCAAGCUGUUAGGUUAGACCUGCCGGGAGUUACCUCUGAGGUGGCCGUUGAGGUACACAAGCCCCCUGACUGCGACAAUAUACUGAGUACAGGGACCAAAAGAUAUAGGUUUUGAAUGCUCUUUUUAGUGUGUAGGUAGGUAGGUGUGUGUGUAUGGUCAUGUUUAGUUAUGUUGGUGUUAAAUUACUUGUUGAAUUCUUUUACAGAACGUGGAUGCAGCUGAUAUCAAGGUCCAAGUGUGUGUGUACGCCUUUGACCUGCUGUAUCUCAACGGAGAGGUGAGUUGGAUGAGGAUGGGAGUUAUGGAGUCUGGUAGACAUUAGUAAGUACAGAGUAAGUAAACCUUGUUCCAGCCAGAACGGCCCAUAGGGCAGGAGCCUACCCCUUUUCUGUAGCAUGAGGCAGCUUGAUGUUUAAGCACACCAGUGUUAAUAUUGCCACUCUUUUUUUAGAUUGUCUAGUCUUAGUCAUUUUGACUGAAAUAUCAUUAAGUCAAAUUUUUUGGUCAUUUGAAUAAUGAUUUAAUCUAGUUAUUGUCAAAAUGACAAAAAUUGACCAUUUCACUCAGCUUUUAUUUUUAAUGCCUCAUUAACUUAUAGUAAACACAAUUCACUGACUUCCAUGUGCACAAACAUGCAUAGUCGUGUCCUACCAACAUAUUUUUCUGCAUAACAAACUAUUGCAUGAUUUUCUUCCCAACAGCCAAAUUUACAUUUAAGUCAUUUCAGUCAUUCGGGCUCUGAUCAGUCCCUACACCCAAACGAGGGCAUUGCGUUCAUCCACCUCUGGCCUGCUGGCUCCCCUUCCUCUGCGGAAGCAUAGUUCCCGCUCAGCCCAGUCAAAACUGUUCGCUGCACUGGCACCCCAAUGGUGGAACAAGCUCCCUCACGACGCCAGGACAGCGGAGUCACUCACCACCUUCCGGAGACAUUUGAAACCCCACCUCUUUAAGGAAUACCUGGGAUAGGAUAAAGUAAUCCUUCUACCCCCCCCCCCCCAAAAAAAAAAAAAAAAAAAAAAAAAGUGUAAAGUGGUUUUCCCACUGGCUAUAGGGUGAAUGCACCAAUUUGUAAGUCGCUCUGGAUAAGAGCGUCUGCUAAAUGACGUAAAUGUGCCCUUGAGCAAGGCACUUAACCCUAAUUGCUCCUGUAAGUCGCUCUGGAUAAGAGCGUCUGCUAAAUGACUAAAAUGUAAAUGUAAAAUUUAGCAGACGCCCUUAUCCAGAGCGACUUACAGUUAGUGAGUGCAUAAUUUUUUUUUCAUACUGGCCCCCCGUGGGAAACGAACCCACAACCCUGGUGUUGCAAACGCCAUGCUCUACCAACUGAGCUACAUCCCUGCCGGCCAUUCCCUCCCCUACCCUGGACGACGCUGGGCCAAUUGUGCGCCGCCCCAUGGGUCUCCCGGUCACGGCCGGCUACGACAGAGCCUGGAUUCGAACCAGGAUCUCUAGUGGCACAGCUAACACAAUGCAGUGCCUUAGACCACUGCGCCACUCGGGAGACAAAUUGCCAGAAGAACGCAUUCAUCUGCAGCAGAUAAAAAAAUCACACCCCUUGUCAGUGCUCCAGACUAACAUUUCCCCUAACUUUUUCAGUUGGUGGCACCAGCCCAUCAUUCGCACCAAUUUUCAAUAGAAAUGUUUUGUAAUCGCCUUAUAAAGUCAUUCACAGUGCUUUAGACUGUGUAAUAGACUACUGAGAUGGUAGGCUAUUCAAUAAAUAAGUUGUUUCAUCUAACGUCCAAGCAGGAAUGCAUGAUUCAAGAUAUGUUGAUUUGCUACCUAAUCCAAGGAUUGUCAUUAAUUGUGGGUUGACAAUAGGGCGUUAUAUUUUACUGUUAAAAUAGGGCUCCAGGAUGUUUGGAAUUUUGUUUGAUCUUUAUGUGCGCUAAUAUCGUAGGCUAAUUUAUUUUGGGGCUAAUUCACCACAGGAAGUGAACUCAAAACACAUUAGCUAGAUUGCUAACCCUAAGUAUAAUACCCACUGCUAGUGUCCUGUGUGGCUCACUAGGUAGAGCAUGGCACUUGCAACACCAGGGUUGUGGGUUUGAUUCCCAUUAGGGGACCAGUAUGAAAAUGUAUGCUCUGGACAUUAAAUGUAAUGUCCUAAAAAAAAAACGUUGUAGCUUGCGACCCUAUGCACUCGCAAUUGCACGCUUCGCAUCUUAAAGCCAUACCAAAUAUCUUGGUUGUAAAAUAGUUGCUUUUCAGCUCAAUAUUAAGAGAUGAAAAAUAAAAAUUAUACCCACAGAAAGCUGAGAACAGUAGUUGCUUCCAAAGCUAUGUAUUUCCCAAAUUGGAUUUUGAAAUGUUAGACAAUCAGAAGCCUUUUUUUCUUUCUCCCGGAGCGCACAUCAAGUGGCUCGCUCAUCACAGCAGCAGGCCCCAGUGAAACAGGCCCAGGUGCUGGGCAGACAAUUUCAUUAGUGGAAUCAUGAGGAUAAUGCACUUUACUGUUUGACCAAAUCAUGGUUUUAGUUGCCAAAAAAUAAGACGUUUAAGACGUUUUAAGACCAUGUAAUGAAUGUUCAGCUCGCACUGAUGCGACCAAUACAUUUUUUAAAACUCGCACAGCCAGGUCAAAGGGUCGCAAAAUGAGACUAAAUAGUCACAGUCUGGAGCCCUGCCUCUUGACAUACUGUAGAUAUAUUGUAAUCAAAGUUCUGUCAUAAGAAGUGGUCUGAUAGGUUGCAGCAAACUAACUAGCUAGCAUUAUCAAUUACCUGAGCGUGUAUAUUGGGAUGAAUCACUUUCAGUCUUGAGGUUGGUAUUAUAUUUUUCCCCGUCAACGUGUUGGUGAAAAAUGCUGUCUUCUGUGGAAAUGUUACAUUCGGUCUUGUUUGAAUGGAAACGAUAAGGAAAGUGGCUCCAAAGGUCGGCCCAUUUUUCUAGCGGCAGCUUGUACCACCUAAGGAGCCAUGGUGUGUCUUAUUUGCAUCAAUGAUUUGUUGCCGCCAGAUUGGAGAACGGUUGCCGGGCAGAGAGGUGACUCGUGAAUGACCUGGGCAUGGUAUUUAUUUUACAACAAUAACAGCAUUGCAACAUUGCAAUGAGAGAGCCUUACAAUUCUACUGAUUUCACCAAACUAAUGACACUAAAAAGCUCUCGUUCUCUCCAAAAUCUCUUGUUCAGUCCACUUACUAGUCAGAUUUUAAUCACAGAGAUAAUUUAGUCUAAUCUUGUUUUUGUCAACUGAAAUGAAAAACCAUUUAGUUAUAUUUUAUUCUGGCUCUAUUUGGUCAUCUUUUUACUAAUAUCUUCGUCACUUUUCAUUGACGAAAUGAACACUGAAGUACACCCCCUGGACAGGAUGCUAGUGUUAGAUAUUAGACAUUGAAUCAUUAGACAUUGAUUGUAAUGUUUGUCAUUUCAGUGGUGGUAAUGGUGUGUGUGUGUGUGUCUCAGUCUCUGGUAAAGCAGCCCCUGUCCCGUCGCAGGGCUCUUCUGAAGGAUAGCUUCGAGGAGAAGGAGGGAGAGUUUGUGUUCGCCCGCGCUAUUGACUCAGACAACACAGACACCAUCGCCGAGUUCCUGGAGCAGUCUGUUCGAGGUGUGUGUGUCAGUGUGGGAGCAGUCUAUUCACUGUGUGUGUGUGUGUGUGUGUGAGAGAGACAGGAGCCAACCAUGUGUUUGUGUGGGAGGUCAAUCCUGUCUUCUGAUCUCCUUCUCUCCUGAAGUUGUUUAUUAAUUAAUUUAUUGGGCCCUGGUCAAAAGUAUUGCACUAUAUAGGGAAUGGGGUGCCAUUUGGGAUGCAUACUUAAUUGUAUGUUCUUCUGUGUGUGAUUUUGGUUGAAUCCGCAGACUCCUGUGAGGGACUAAUGGUGAAGACUCUGGAGAAAGAUGCCACUUAUGAAAUCGCCAAGCGCUCUCACAACUGGCUCAAGGUACACACACACACACACAUGCACGCACACAUACACAAACCACACACACGUAUGCACCAGGUGUUCCCAAUCGUUUUUGACCCACAACCCCAUUUUGAUAUCUGAAAAUUCUCACACCCCAACCAUGUGAACCAAAUUAUGUAAUUAACAGACAAUGUUUACUUUUUUAUUUGGGGCUAUGGCAGUCAAUUGAAAAACAUUCUAACAGUAUUUCUGAUUGUCUUCUCAACUCCCCAUCACAUACUUUUAAUGUGGGGCUAUGACAAUCAUUUGCAAAUUAGUCUGACAUAAUGUAUCUUAUGUCACCACCACUAAUGAUGGGUGUGCUUGAUGCAUGUCGCGUCGGCGCUUCUCAAAGUCAGGGGGCGUGGUUUACAGUGCGCACCUCAUCUCUGGUUUUAAUGCAGACAAGAGCUCUGAAUCCAGCUUCACACAGAUAUGAGCUGGCGAAUGGUACCAUGAGUUUUAUGGUGCUUUCAAGACAACUGGGAACUCUGAAAAAUACGAGGUCAAAUCAUGACGUCCGUGAUCUUCAGGUCGGAAAUCUGGAAAGAGGCCUGAGUUCCCGAGUUGGAAGUCCGAGUUGGAUGACCGUUCAAAACUAUUUUCCCAGUCGGUGCCCGUUUCUUUACGAUGUCCCAGUUGUCUUGAAUGCACUGAAGUCUGAGAUUGCCGAGUUUCCAGUUGCCAGUUGUUUUGAAGCGGCAUUAAUGCUCAGAGGGAGACUGCAGGGUAUCCCUUUUUGAGUCAAGAACCAAAACUCCUCUGUAGUGACCCCUGAAUGCAUUCGGUCACAUGACCGCUCAAUCAGCUGUUCGAUUUCACUUACCGGCAUGUCAACUGAGCCAGUGUCACAGUCAAACAGAUUGGGAAGUUGGUCCCAAAGUGCUCUUCCAAGCAUUGGAGGUGAGCAGUCAUCACUCGUGUGGGACACCUUAUUGAUGCUGUUUCCUGUUAGAAACAUGCACAGCCGAGGGAAGGGGGCAUGGUUUGCUUUUGAAAGACUCUUUCUCCAAUAAGAAUUAUUUCCUAUGAAUCGACUGAUUCGGUCACUCAUUUGUAGAAUGUUUUUCUAUUUCCCCUCCAUGCUUUCGUUCAGUUUCCCAAAUAUGUCUGUUACAUAGGCAAGGAGACACAUUUUCUUUUCACUCCACAGAAAGUCAACCAAGUCAGUUUUUUUUACAACCAUUGUGAAUGAAGACAGUUCCUCUCUCAAUGCGAAAAAUCUUUCCAACACUCCCCCUCGAUAACCACCAAGCCUCUGUAUGAAAUAGAACAUCGUCAUGCUCUGAACCCAUAUCUCCACAUAGUUUUGCGAACAGGCAUGCACGCAGUGGAUGUGGUUUGAUGUAGUUUACAAUCGAAGUUACCUGCUACAGUAUAUCUCAGAGUUCUGUACUCAGCUCUUUUGCCACCAGUUGCUCUCGUGUAUCAUACAAUGCGUCCAUAUGGCAGAGGGAGACACAUUCAUAACUAGAGCGCAGAGGCCUGCCCGCUGUUCCGCCAUAAAUGGAGCCCCAUCUGUGCAAAAGCCCACCAUUCGAUCCCAUAUGGAAUCUGUUUUUUGUCAAUAUAGCCACGCAGCACACUGAACAUCCCAUAUGCCGUUUCAUGCUCGGGAAUCGUGAGACAGAACGAUAUGUCCUUGUGAAUAGCAUCCCCCGAUAUGUAUCGUAAACAAAGGCAAAGCAUAGGCAUCUCAGCCCUCACAGCUAACGUCCGUUUGGAGUUUGAGUCGUUCAGUCAGUUUCCUCUUGAUUGCUAGCAAUAGCAUAAAUUAUUUAACAGUGUUAUCUGACAAAGGUAUUGAUAUGAGUUUCUGUGACUCUGCCUCCCCACACAUUGUUUUCACCGUAUCAAUUGUGGCCGGUAAUAUCGAAGUCUCUGCAAUAGUGUAUGGUUUCAUAGCGUAGUCGGCCUAGCCAUUCACCGUGGGAAUGAUUCAAGUGCAACGGUCAAGUGCAGCCUUUUCCCAUUAUCUAAGGGCGCUCUGGUUGAAUUUGAUCUUUUAGAUUUUAAUAAUUUUCAUAUCGAUUUCUAAGAUGAACCACAUUACAAUGAUUUUGAGAAAUGAAGAUGAUAUAAUAUUUUUUAUAUAUUUUUUAGUAUGGGGGGUUGGAAAUUCUCCUGCUAACCCCAUUUUCAUAUCUGGCGACCCCACAUGGAGUUGCGACCCCUAGUUUGGGAACCGCUGGUGUAUACACUCACACUCGCUCUCAUAAUAACUACUCACAUGAAUACCUACCAUUCAUCCCUGUCUCUCUGUCUAGCUGAAGAAGGACUAUCUGGAUGGGGUGGGGGACACGGUGGAUCUGUGUGUGAUUGGAGCGUAUCUGGGGAAGGGCAAGAGAACCGGGACCUAUGGAGGCUUCCUGCUCGCCUGCUACGAUGAGGACAAUGAAGAGUUCCAGUCAGUCUGCAAGGUCUGUGUGUGUACCUCCUUGCCUAGGAGGUGACUUUUUGUCUGUCUCUGUUGGUUUGUGUCUCUGAAAGGUGAUACAGCGCCUCAGGCCAAAUAGGAUAAAGGCAUUUUGCACAGGGAUUUCUUUCACAAUUCUUUGUUAUUCGGCUCUGCUAAAUGUCUCAUCUGGCUUACCACGGGAAUAUGUUUUUCCGGUUCUUUUGUCUUUGCAGAUCGGGACAGGUUUCAAGGAUGAAGAUUUGGAGCAACAUUACAAAUUCUUAACGGUACAGUACAGAGACGUUUCUGUGUUCUAUGCUCGCUUGUGUAGCGAAUCUGCCAAAAGUCUUUAGACCCAAUUAACUAUGAACACAUUGUAUUUUCCAGGAGCACAUUUUGCCCAAGCCCCGCCCCUAUUAUCGUGUGGACCAAUCAACAGAGCCCGAUGUGUGGCUCGGUGCCGUGCAAGUAUGGGAAGUAAAGUGUGCCGACCUAUCGCUGUCGCCGAUCUACAAGGCUGGCAUGGGAUUGGUUAGUAGAACUCGUCCUUGUACACUGGCUCAUCAGUACUAAUGAUAUUUUGAUUUUAGGCCAGUUUAAAGUAAUUUGGGAAGUGAAUAAUUUGAUUCAAUGCAAUUUCAUUUUUGAGGGCCGACAGUGACGCGACCACAACAGAAUCUUUAACUCAAUAAUCCCUUCUGCAAAUCUAAAAUGUGUUAAUUCUCACCAUCUGUUUUGGUGUCAGGAUGCUGCUAAAUCUCUCCGCAACAUUAAAAAAUAUAUAUAUUUCCAAAAUCUCGUGAGGAUCAUGCCACUUUUUGCUUCCCCUUCAAAAUGAUAUUAUUUAAUAGACCUACCAUGAAGCCACCAUGUUACCCAUAGCUUAAAAACAUACUCGUAUAGGCCUAAGUAAAAUGUUUAGGCAAAAUCUCAGGACCGUCUCAGAGUAGCAGUGCUGUCCUAACAUCCUAUUCAGUACUCUUACUCCAAAGCUCUUUGUGGAUAUGGGUCAUAAUCUGUGCUUCGCAUUAGUACUCAACCAAGCUGUGAUAUCAUGGUACUAUGUUAGAUUAAAUAAAGAGUUGCCAUCCUCGAAUCAGUAGUUCAUAAUCUUAAAACUCUGGGUGCAGGGUUUAAAAGGCAUAUUAACUGUGAAAGGUAAAACCCACACUCACUGAGUUGUAAUGUCUUUGGCAGCAGCAGAAGUUCAACAGACAAGUUUAGGUGAAAAUAUGAUUCAUAGCUUUUCUUUGGCCCUCUCUGGUCUUCUCCCAGUGUGACCCAGAGAAGAGCUUCAACCGCUUGCUCAGGUUAGGGUAAGGGCUAGGCCCUAAUGGAUAGUUGGUUGAAAUGUUGUUGACAAACCAUCUAUUUGGAACUAUCCAAAUAAAGUGUUACUGAUGAUUCAUGCCUUUGAUUCCUCUCUCCCAGUGUGACCCAGAGAAGGGCAUCUCUCUUCGGUUCCCACGCUUCCUGAGGAUCCGAGAUGAUAAAAAGCCAGAGGACGCAACUUCAGGAGGACAGGUACAUGAAGACACUGCCGUGACGGACUGGAGUGAUGUAUCUCGUAGUACAACGUUUCUCUGGUUCCAUCCCAAAUGUAUUUCUAUGUAGGGUGUCCAAUCAAAAACGCAUAUUUUCACCAAUGGGUAAAAUCAAUGGUCCAAACCUCAUGUCCAUAUCAUAAUCCAUUCAAAAGUUAUUGGAGUUUUUACCGUUGUAGGAUGGCCAAAAUUAGGGUGACUAAAUCAAAAAGAAAAUGAAAUAAGGAAAAGUGGACAGCAUCUGCUAGGCUAGAUGCUAUGCGAGAAUAAAGGCUACUUGACAGGAUCACUUUCCCGUUGAACUCAUCUUCUCGAAUCCGCAGGACAUAAAACAAUGUAAGAUGUAUAUCGGUUUAGAGACAUGAUAUGUAGUAUUUUCAUAUUUUAGGAUACCCUUUUCAUAUUCAUGCGAAAUUCCUGUUAUUUUUUGAAGAUUUCUCACAAAAACAAGCGUAUCUAUGAAAUGUCAACAGAGCACUGAGUGUACAGCAAGCUUUUGAUUUUCAACGCCUUUUACAUUUAAUUCAGCUCGUGUCAUGCUAAUUUAGCUUUUUGCGACCUGCGGAAACAACUUUGAAGACGAGAACGACAACAUGUAAAAUCCUCAAGUUGCUGCGAGAAAGCUGCAUGCUCUUUCAACAGAGCUCGCUGAUUGUUAUCGGAUGUAUUAGGUUAUGAAUUCUGCCUUUUUGGAUAUACUGUUAAUGAAAUGUUAGAGACAGACCCCACUAAUGAUUCAGAACUUUUCUAAUCAUAAUUGUCUUGGUAGAAUGUAUUUUAUAAAAUAAGGAAGGGAAAUUUCAUCACCAAAGCGCGUUUUCACCCACUGGGCGGAGUUGGUGGACACCCUGUUCUAUAGAAGAAAACCUGCCGUCAGAGACAGAAGGCACCUUAUUCCAAGUCAAAGGUAGUGCUCUAAAUAGGGAAUAGGGUGCCUUUUGGACACACCCUCUGUCUGACGGCAGUUUUCUUUCAUAGAAAUACAUCAUUUUAUAUCUAUGCUUUCCUCACUCUCUAUUUGAAGGAUCCCCUCUCCCCCCUCCCCUCUGUAUUUCAGCUUCUCCCACAUUACACACAGUCCAUAUUAUUCCACCACUUUGGUAUUCUGUGUUUAUCCCCCUGUAAUUUGAUAUAAAUUGGCCCUCAUACCAUCAUGGCCACCUUAUCAUCCUCAGUUUCCAAAUUGGUUCAUUCAUCCCCCCCUCUCUUCCCCAGGUUGUUUCUGUAAAAUAUAUGUUCUCAGUUACCCUAAUUUUACCAGAUAAGUUAUGAAAUCACUGAUUUCUUUGUUCUGUUCCAUUCAGAUUGCUGAUUUGUACAGGAAGCAGCAGGUUGUUCAAAACCAGGGAGACAAAGCUGACCUUGAGGACUACUACUGACUUCAUCAAUGGACCAUCCAGUCGCCAAUGACUCGGGUGAAAUCUCAAUUUGUACAUUCGUUUUUUUUAAAUGGUGAACAAGGCACUGUCGACGCAAAAAAGAAAUACCCUCUGUAUAGCAGUGUGUCUAGAUCCAGGUACUGGUUUAGGCUCUGCCAAUGUCAUGAUAUUCAACAGUUUUGUUGGUGUUGAGCCUAAGGCUUGUUUUUGUAAACGUAUACUUAACAGUAUGAAUAAAGGAUGUGUUCCAGAGUUUUCAAUUACACAAUCACAGUAAUGACAAUGUGAAUAAAGGC